AUGCCUGACUCAACUUCUCAUCCACACCUGAGACCCAAGGCCUUCAUAUUCGGCCCGCAAGAUUUGUCUUUCGAUAUCGAGUCCUUCACAAAGCUUUGCAGCCAGCUUCAUGACCAUAAUUGGGCCCUUGACGCACUCGCCAGCCUUCCAAAGCUCUGGGACAACUUUGCCGCCAGUGACCUGGCGGUACAGCAAUCUAACACAGGGAAGCUACUUGAGAACCUGAAUACAUGGGUUUUGAGUGCGACAGCCCCAGAGGAAGCGUUUCCUUUGCCAAAUGUGCUUCUAUCCCCACUUGUGGUCAUCGGACAAGUGAUUGAAUAUAUCACUCUUCUCAGGGCGGCGUUUCCAGAUCUAGGGGAGAAGGAGGAGCUGCCCAAGCCCAUUACGGAAGAUACAGAGACUUUAGGCCUCUGCACCGGCACCUUGAGUGCUUUAGCAGUGGCAUGUUCCUGCAAUGUAGCCGAUAUUCAUCAUUACGGCGCGGUAGGCGUGAGACUGGCAAUGUUGGUCGGAGCCACCGUUGAUGCCGAAGAGGCGUUAUAUGAUCCAGAAAGAAAGUCAACGAGUCUUUCAGUGUCGUGGAACAGCGCCGAAUUUGGCGACUCGUUUGCCCAUGUCCUCGAGGAAUUCCCUGAUGCAUACGUUUCCGUUCUUGUUGACCAGAGACGUGCAACAUUGACCGCAUCGAAGAAAACGGCACCAGCUCUGAUCAAGCGGUUGAAGCAGGAGGGCGGUCAUGUCACGCCAAUAGCGCUUUCGGGACGAUUCCACUGGAAGAAGCACCAAAAUGCCGUAUCUAGUCUCCUUCAGUUCUGCGAAACUGAACCAGCUUUGAAAUUUGCCGAUACGCCAAAGAUGCUACUCCCUAGUCGAUCCAGUACCAAUGGGCAAUAUAUCAGCACUGGAAAGCUCCACGAGGUAGCUUUGCGGGCAAUUCUCUUGGAACAGUCCCAGUGGUACAAAACAUGCUUUAUCGCGUAUGCGGCAAGAUUCAUUAUCAAGGAUGCAGCGGUUAUUUGUUUUGGGUCAGAGCGGUUCGUAUCACCGACGAUUGCACGGAAGCUUGGUCUACGCCUGACAUACGUAUCCGAAAUUGACCUCGCAUCGUCACGGUUGCCCCGCCAGGUUCUUGGUGGAGCGCAAACGCCUAACCUCGAAGAUUUGCCCGAUGAGCGCAUAGCCGUUAUUGGAAUGGCGUGUCAGCUUCCGGGUGCCGGAGACCACGAGGGAUUCUGGGAGAUUCUAAAAAGUGGCCAGUCGCAACAUAAAGAGGUGCCUGAGGAUCGGUUCAGCCUGGCGACGGCAUGGAGAGAAGCGGACAAACGCCAAUGGUACGGGAACUUCAUCGAAAAUUACGACACUUUCGAUCACAAAUUCUUCAAGAAGAGCCCCAGAGAAAUGGCAUCCACGGACCCUCAGCAACGCCUAAUGUUGCAGGUUGCAUAUCAGACUGUCGAACAAUCCGGAUACUUCAGAGACGAUGGCCCUAAUCGUCGUAUUGGAUGCUUUAUGGGUGUUGGCAAUGUCGAUUAUGAGGACAACAUUGCGUGUUACCCUGCGAAUGCGUAUUCGGCUACUGGCAACCUGAAGAGCUUUCUAGCCGGCAAGAUUAGCCACCACUUCGGCUGGACAGGACCCAGCCUGACACUUGACACGGCAUGCUCUUCAUCCAGCGUGGCUAUUCACCAGGCGUGUCGUUCUAUCCUUAGCGGGGAAUGUAAUGGGGCACUCGCCGGGGGUGUCAAUGUUAUAACGAGCCCCGAUUGGUAUCACAACCUAGCUGGAGCAUCUUUCCUCAGCCCUACUGGUCAAUGCAAGUCAUUUGACGCGAAAGGAGAUGGGUAUUGCAGGGGUGAAGGCGUUGGUGCCGUGUUUUUGAAACGGCUUUCCUCGGCAAUCGCGGAUGGUGAUCAGGUACUUGGUGUGAUCGCGAGUACAAAGGUUUAUCAAAACCAGAACUGCACUGCAAUUACUGUUCCAAACUCGGGGUCUCUAUCGGAGCUCUUUACGGAUGUUGUGCGUCAAGCAAGGCUCGAGCCCCGAGAUAUUUCUCUUGUUGAGGCACACGGAACAGGAACUCCCGUUGGAGAUCCAGCUGAAUACGAUGGCAUUCGAGCUGUUUUUGGAGGCCCUAUACGCUCCGAUAUUCUGUCGCUAGGAUCCGUGAAGGGUCUUCUUGGUCACAGUGAAUGUGCUUCGGGUGUGGUCUCUUUGAUAAAGAUUCUCCUCGUUAUUCAGCAAGGCUUUAUCCCACCUCAGGGGAGCUUCUCGAAAAUCAAUCCUUCCCUCAAUGCGAAAGAUAAGGAUAGAAUUGAUAUAUCUACCCGCUUAAAGCCUUGGGAUGCACCAUUCAAAGCUGCACUCAUCAACAACUAUGGGGCUUCCGGAUCCAAUGCCUCUAUGGUUGUUACACAACCACCAAAGCUGAAAGAGACCCUCUUGGCGCCAUUGCCGGAGAAGAACUAUCCUUUUUGGAUCAGUGCAUUUGAUCAACAGAGCCUUCAAAAUUACGCUAGGAGAUUGCGCCAAUUUGUUCAGGGACAUGUAGCAGAUAAGAGCCUAAGCUUGGCAAACUUGUCUUUCCAAGUUGCCUGUCAAUCAAACCGGUCCCUUCCCCAGGCCCUGAUAUUUAAUGCCAGCACAAAGGAAGAGCUGGAUAUGGUCCUUGCAUCUGCCGAGAAAGCUAGCACGGAUUUCCCGUCUGUCCAGCUUCCGGAUCCGAAGCCCGUCAUCCUAUGUUUUGGAGGGCAAGUUUCCACCUAUGUUGGCUUGGAUCAAGAGGUCUAUGAUAGCACUGCAAUUAUGAGAUAUUACUUAGACCAGUGCAAUGCUGUGUGUCUCUCAUUUGGUCUGCAGGGGAUUUACCCAGCCAUUUUCCAACGCUCUCCAAUCGAGGAUAUUGUUCAGCUUCAAACAGUACUGUUUGCGAUGCAGUAUUCCUGCGCCAAGGCGUGGAUCGAUAGCGGAGCAAAUGUUGCCUCGGUCGUCGGACACAGCUUUGGUGAGCUGACAGCUCUAUGUGUCUCCAAUGUUGUAUCAUUGCAGGAUGCUGUCAAGAUGAUCUCCGGUCGAGCUCGCUUGAUCAAGGAGCGAUGGAGUUCUGACAAAGGAUCCAUGAUGGCUGUCGAGGCAGAUCUCUCUGAUGUGGAAGCCUUGCUGGCGAAAGUCAAAUUACAGAUUGGAUCUGAAGCAGGAGUUGCAAUCGCCUGCUAUAAUGCAUCAAGAAGCUUCACAUUGGCUGGGCCUACAAAAGGCGUGAAUCAUGCUGAAGACCUGCUGAAGAAUGACCCAGAGUUCUCAAGAAUCCGAUCUAAGAAACUGAACGUCACUAACGCCUUCCAUUCGGCUCUUGUUGAUGAAUUGAUCGAUGAUCUGGAGAGCUUGGGGCAAGGUAUCAAGUUCAGGAAGCCAACAAUAUAUAUUGAAACAGCAACGGAGCAAGUGUCAACUAGCACAUUCAAUUCCAGUUAUGUGGCCAGUCAUAUGAGAAAACCAGUUUUCUUUGCCCAUGCAGUCAAGAGAUUAUCAGACAAAUUCCCUGCUGCCACUUGGUUAGAGGCCGGUUCAAACUCCACCAUCACAGCCAUGGCAAGUCGGGCUCUGGGUACUCCAAACUCCUCUUUCCUGGCUGUGAAUAUUACCAGCGAGGGUGCAUUCCAAUUUCUCUCUGAAACGACUAUAAAGCUCUGGAGGGAAGGUCAGAAAGUCAGCUUCUGGGCUCACCACCGCCUGCAGACUGCAAUGUAUACUCCAGUCCUUUUGCCGCCGUACCAAUUCGAGAAGUCAAGACACUGGAUGGAUCUGAAGGUGCUUCCAAAGCCCGAAGCUUCUGCCAAGGUGACGGAGCAGCCCGCACUUAUCGAGGCACCGAAGGGCCUGACAACUUUGGUCGGUUAUCAAGAUGCAUCCCAGAGGUCUGUGCAAUUCAGAGUCAAUGUCACGACAGAUAAGUUCAACCGUCUCCUUUCCGGUCAUAUCAUGGCAAAUACAUCUGCUGUCUGUCCCGGUAUGUUCCAGGUUGAGGUAGCUCUUGAUGCUCUUAUGAGCCUUCGACCAGAGUUCCAGAACCGUAGCUUUAUUCCAGAGCUACAUGGUCUAAGGCAUUAUCAGCCUCUUGUCAAAGACGACUCCCGGGCAGUCUGGAUCGAAGCGCAAUCCUUCGAUGCGGAAGGUCUGGUCUGGAAUUGGAAGCUGACUGCAACUGACGAUAAGGGAAGUGGCUUUGUGACCCACACUUCAGGGACAAUCACAUUCCAAGCGGCAGACAGUGUGCAAGUCAAGACUGAGUUUGAGAAACUUAGACGUCUAAUCGGCCGAAAGCGGUGCUUGCAACUCCUUGAUGGCAAUGUGGCGGACGACAUCCUGCAGGGCCGCAACAUCUAUCGCGCUUUUUCAGAAGUGAUCGACUAUAAGGAAAUCUAUCGCCAUGUUACAAAGAUCGCUGGCAGCGAGAAUGAGUCCGCAGGAAGGAUCACGAAGAAAUACGACGGAGAGACCUGGCUCGACACCGUCUUGACGGACUGCUUCUGCCAAGUGGCAGGUAUCUUUGUGAACCUCAUGACUACCAAGGUCGACUUGUCUGAGAGGGGCAUUUUCAUUUGCGAUGGAAUUGAUCGGUGGAUGCGAGCACCGAAUGCAGAUGCAAACGAUGCUCCUUCACACGUUUAUGAAGUAUUUGCUUUGCACCAUUGCGAAUCAGAGUCCAAGUAUCUCAGCGAUAUUUUUGCUUUCGAUGCUCGUGAUGGGUCACUUGUUGAAUUUGCUCUUGGUAUUAGUUACCAAAAGGUUCCAAUCUCCGGAAUACGCAGGGUACUGUCGAAGGCUAUGCCAGUUGGUCUUCAGCCACAAGUUCCUACUGUCCCUGUUACAGUGCCUGCCCCCAAGAUAUUCAGCCAUACUCCAGUGGCAGCCCCACCAUUGGUGAAUGGCUCGUCUACUGCGGUGAAAAGUAAACCCCCGACAAAGAAAGCGCCAAAGGCAGCCAGUGUAGACAUCGCUAAAAAGAUGCGGGAGAUCAUAUGCAAUUUAUCUGGUCUUGAACCAGAAGAAGUCAAAGACAACUCUGAUUUGGUCGAGCUUGGAAUCGAUUCAUUGAUGAGCAUGGAACUAGGCCGAGAGAUUGAUUUGGCUUUCAAGACCACUGUCGACGUCACUCAGUUGAUCGAUGUAACUGACUUCCGCAGUCUUGUGGAGUGCAUGCAAAAGAUUCUGGGCAUUGAAGACGCCGAAACAAAUGAAAAAGCUGUGACUAAUGGAAAUACCCAUCAUAUCAACGGCACAAAUGGUGUCGUCAAUGGCAGCGGUCUCUUGUCUCCUGAGGAAGGGGGUUCCCUCCUCUCAGAAUCGGCAAUCCUGGAUGCCUUCCGCAUCGCGAAGGAAGCCACCGAUGACUUCAUUUUGAAUGGCCAACUUGGAACAUACUACAAUGAAAUCAUGCCAAGAUCGACUGAGCUCUGUGUUGCCCAUAUUGUCAAUGCUUUUGAACAGCUCGGAUGUCCGAUACGCAGUGCAGCAGCGGGCCAGAAACUUGAGCGUGUUACAUACCUUCCAAAACAUGAACGAUUCAUGAACUUGAUCUACGGUCUUCUCGAGGACUCCAGAUUAAUUGACAUCAAUGGAUCUGAGAUCACGCGAACGGCCUUACCUGUUCCGACGAAAACCGUGGAAACAAUGCUGGAAGAGUUGCUUCGUGACGAACCUGUCCAUGCGGCCGAGCACAAACUCACAUCCAUGACCGGAAGUAAGUUUGCCGACUGCAUUACUGGCAAGGAAGACGGGCUUCAAUUGAUCUUUGGGACACCCGAGGGCAGAGAAAUCGCGACUGACGUCUAUGCCAAAUCUCCCAUUAAUGCGGUAUGGAUCCAGCAGGCGGAAAUGUUCCUCGAGCAGCUCGUGCAAAGACUACCCAAUACUGGUGAGCCUCUGCGCAUCUUGGAGAUGGGAGCUGGUACAGGAGGAACAACCGUGAAGAUCCUGCCACUGUUGGAGCGUCUAGGUGUGCCCGUCGAAUACACAAUGACGGACCUGUCAUCCUCGUUGGUUGCCGCGGCUCGCAAGCGAUUCAAGAAGUAUCCGUUCAUGAAGUUCAAAGUAGUGAACAUCGAGUCUCCGCCUGAUUCACAACUGGUACAUAGUCAGCACAUUGUCCUGGCUACAAAUUGUGUGCAUGCAACUCGGAACCUGGAAGUCUCGACGAGAAAUAUUCACCAUAUUCUGCGACCAGACGGCUUCCUACUUCUAUUGGAGAUGACCGAGCAAGUGCCUUGGGUCGAUUUCAUUUUCGGCUUGCUAGAAGGAUGGUGGUUAUUUGAAGAUGAUCGGCAACAUGCACUCCAACCCGCAACGCACUGGAAGAAAAUUCUCACUUCCGUUGGAUAUGGUCACGUCGAUUGGACUGAAGGUGGUCGACCAGAGUCCAAUAUUCAGCGCCUGAUCAUUGCUCUUGCGUCUAAACCCAGGUAUGAUGAUGCACCUAAAUCACUCCAACCGCCGGCGCAUGUCCCAUUGACAGACAUCGCAGGGAACCAAGAGAUCAUUGAUACAUACAUCCGUGAAUAUACCAAGGACUUCCACGCACUCCCCAUCGCGAGUACACAGCAAGCCUCUAUUCCCGCUCUCACAAGACACUGUGUGCUGGUUACUGGUGCCUCAGGAAGUCUCGGCUGCCACAUUGUCGGCUAUCUCGCCAGGCUUCCUAGUGUCAACACCGUAGUCUGUCUGAAUAGACGGAGUACAGUGCCCGCCGUCAUCCGUCAAGAGGAAGCAUUAAAGGUCAGGGGAAUCUCGCUCGAUGACACCUCCCGGUCAAAGCUAGAGGUACUUGAAGUGGAGACCGCAAAACCAUUGCUUGGGCUGCCUGUAGAGACCUAUCAGAAACUCGUGAACACCGCAACCCAUUUGGUUCACAACGCUUGGCCAAUGAGUCUUACCAGACCCAUCCGAGGCUACGAGAAUCAGUUUAAGGCGAUGCGGAACCUCAUCACUCUUUCACGAGAGGUAGCCGCACUCCGACCGGCGCCAUUCAAGUUCGGCUUCCAAUUUAUCUCGUCGAUCGGGGUAGUCGGCUACUAUCCACUUCGCUAUGGGAAAUCCCUUGCUCCAGAAGAGACAAUGACGGCGGAUUCUGUCCUGUCAGUCGGAUAUGCUGAAGCCAAGCUAGUUUGCGAGCGCAUGUUAGACGAAACGUUGCGUCGGUAUCCAGAUAGAUUCCGACCAAUGGCAGUAAGAAUCGCCCAAAUUACUGGCUCAACAAGCAACGGGCAUUGGAAUCCAGUCGAGCAUUUUUCGUUCCUGAUCAAAUCCUCGCAGACAUUGAAAGCGCUCCCAGACUUUGAUGGUAGCCUCUCUUGGUGUCCAGUCGACGAUGUUGCCGCAACACUGGGCGAAUUACUGAUUUCUGACACAACGCCUUAUUCGAUCUACCAUAUCGAGAAUCCAUCGAGGCAGCCGUGGCGAAAAAUGGUGAAAACACUGGCCCGGUCUCUUGACAUCCCACAAAGUGGCAUUAUUCCUUUUGAUCAGUGGAUUGAACGAGUUCGAAUCUCUCCGGCCUCGGUCAACGACUGCCCAGCCAAGCAAUUGCUAGAAUUCUUCGAUCAGCAUUUUAUCCGAAUGUCAUGUGGGGGUUUGAUACUAGAUACGGCCAAGGCGAGAGAACAUUCAGCAACUUUGCGGGAAAGGGGCCCUGUAGGCCCAGGUUUGGUGGAGAAGUAUAUUUUGUCGUGGAAGACCAUGGGAUUUCUAGAUUAA